UCGGCGGCCCCGGCCCCCCGCGCCCCCGCCGCGCUGGGGCCCCGCUCCAGCGCUGUUUGUUUGCUCCAAGCCCUGUUUGCUCUCCCCUUCCGCUCCACGUGAUGCUCCGGGCCAAAAAUCGCCCUCCCCGUCCCCGGGCCGGCGCGGACAGCGCGGCCGCUCCAGGAUGAUGGUGGGCUGGGCGGUGCGGGCGCUGGUGAUGCUCCCGCUGGGGCUGUGCUGGCCCCGAGAGAAAUUCCUCAGUGCUCUGGAUGCAGAAGCUGUUUUUUCCUAUUUUGGAACCAGCUCGGUGGCUGAUGUACCUGAGUUUGUUGUGGCUGAGCCAACUUGUCCUUGCAAAGAAGAGCAGGUUGGGCUGACGCUCUGUGGGAUCCAGCGCUGCUCCAUCGAGGCCUGGGGAGAGCUCUUUGCCUUUGAAUUUCUGGAGGACCACGCCCUCCUUUCCCCAUCCUUUGUGAGCAGUCAAGUGGUGAACUCCUCCUUUAGCUUCCUGAAGAGAUUCCCAGGGAACUGCUUUGCAGGUGGACACCCCCUGCAGCCUCCUGGGGCCACGAGCAGAGUCACUUACUGUGAAGGGCAGCUGCAAGGAGUUGUUGCUGUGGAUGAGGAAAAGAUCCACAUCGUGCCAGUGAGAAGCAAAGAUGUGGCUCUGCUCAAGGAUCUUGGCUUCUCCAGACCCCACAUUCUCUUCAGAAGUGCUGCAGGAGAGGCAAAGACAGCAAGAGCAGGGCGGGGUCCUCCUCGCCUGCAGAAGAGGGCUGAGGGAGCUGUCAAACAUCUGGAGCUGAUGGUGGUGGCCGGUCCAGAUGUUUUCUCAUACCACAGAGAGGACACAGAGCGAUACAUUCUUGCCAACCUGAACAUCGGAGCAGAGCUGCUCAGGGAUGCCUCACUGGGGGCUCAUUUCAGGGUUCAUCUUAUGCAAAUGCUGGUUUUGAGGGAGCCAGAGGCAGAGCUGAACAUCACCACGAACAUCACCUCCUCGCUGAUCAGCGUUUGUGAGUGGAGCACGAAGGUGAACCCCCAGAACGACUCUGACCCCCAGCACGCUGACAUUGUCCUCUACAUCACCAGGUUUGACCUGGAGUUACCUGAUGGGAACAAGGAGUUACGUGGAGUGACCCAGUUAGGGGGAGUCUGCUCCUCAUUCUGGAGCUGUGUGAUUACCCAGGACACUGGCUUUGACCUUGGAGUCACCAUAGCCCAUGAGAUUGGGCACAGCCUUGGAAUCUCCCACGAUGGAGAGGGCAAUCAGUGCAGCAGCAGUGGUUACAUCAUGGGUUCAGCAGGAAACCACAACAGCAUCGACCUCACGUGGUCACCGUGCAGUCGGGAACAGUUCCUGGCCCUUGUCAGUACAGGCCAAACAAGCUGCUUGAAUGACCUGCCGGACAUGGACGGCAGCAUCCCUGGAUGGAAGCCUGGCUUGUACUACGGAGCAGAUGAGCAAUGUAAAAUAGCCUUUGGGAGUGUUGCCACAGCUUGCACCUUUGCUGACAGCAAUGUUGACAUAUGUAAAGUUCUCUCGUGCCAUGUACAACCAACAGACAAGUCCAGCUGUACUCGGCUUCUGGUUCCCCUCUUGGAUGGAACGGAGUGUGGGAUCAAUAAGUGGUGCUCCAAGGGCCAGUGCAGCUCUCUGGAAGAACUGAACCCCAUGGCUGUGGUCCAUGGGCAGUGGUCAGCCUGGAGCCCCUUCUCCCCCUGCUCCCGCAGCUGCGGCGGCGGAGUCGUGGUGAGGCAGCGGUUUUGCAACAACCCCAGGCCUGCUUUUGGGGGGCAGGAAUGCCGCGGUGCCAGCGUCCAAGCGGAGAUGUGCAACACCCAGGCCUGUCUGACUACCCAGCAGGACUUUAUGGCUGAACAAUGUGCAGCAACAAAUUUAAAGCCAUUGUAUCUUACUGUAGAAACACCGUCCUUUUAUAACUGGACUUCUGCUGUUGGCUUUGCCAAAGGGGACCUGCUCUGCAAGCACAUGUGCAGGGCCAUUGAGAAGGAAUUCAUGGUGAGCCGUGGGGACAGUUUCACAGAUGGAACCAGGUGUGAGCACGAGGACUCUGAGCACCACGGGCCUUUCCAUCUCUGCAUAAUGGGAAGCUGCAGAGCAUUCGGGUGUGACGGCCAGAUGGACUCUGAGAAGAUAAUGGAUUCCUGCAAGGUCUGUGGGGGUGAUAACUCCACCUGCACCCAAGUGCGUGGAUCUUACAUGGAAGGAAAAGCUAAAGAGUAUGUGACAUUCCUGUCCCUGCCCUACAACACCACCUCUGUCCACGUUACCAACCGGAGACCUCUCUUCACACACCUCGCUGUGAAGGUUAAAGGAGAGUAUGUGGUUGCUGGAAAAGGAAAAAUCUCGCAGAAUGUCACCCACCCGUCAGUCCUGGAGGACAACCAGAUCAGAUACAAAGUGUUCCUCACCAAGGACAACCUGCCAAGCCUGGAGGAAAUCCAUGUGGAUGGGCCAACACGAGAAGAAAUUGAAAUACAGGUCUACAGAAGGUACUCAAAAGAAUAUGGCAAUGCCACCAACCCAGACAUCACCUUCAGCUACUCUGUCCCCAGAGAGAAUCUGACUUAUCUGUGGAUUCCUCAGCAGGGACCGUGUUCAGUGACCUGUGGGGAAGGGACACGACCAGUGGUUCAUGUCUGCUUUGAUCAGACAAAGACUGAAAUCACAGAGGAUCAGUGGUGUCAGGAGCUCCCACGGCCCCUUCCAGAGCACAAGCCCUGUGCCAUGGAGCAGUGCCUGUACAGGUGGAAGAUGUCUCAGAGAGAUGAAUGCUCUGCUGUCUGUGGAACUGGAGUUGCCCAGCAGAAUCUGACCUGUGUUCAGUUUCGUGAUGGAUUGGAGACUGUGGUGGAUGACAGCCUGUGCCCAGCAGAGGAAAAGCCCCUCUCCCUUGUGCCCUGUGUGGUCAGUGUCUGCCCUUUAGGAUGGGACAAAGAGGAAGAUGCACACUUGCUUCAGCCUCUGGAGUCGCUUGGGCAUAUCCCACUGGAAAAUCGGACUGUGUAUGUCUGGAGCCCUGUAGCUGGAGAGUGUUCUGUCUCCUGUGGUAGAGGUAAGACUCAGCUGCAGUAUGUUUGUGUGGCUUUUGACACCAAAGAAGAAACCCAAGAAGAAAACUGUCAUCCAGUGCCAAAGCCAGAGAGCAGGAUGGAAGUCUGUGAUCUCAGUCCCUGCCCACCAAGGUGGAAGGUGACCCCAGCUGGGCCCUGCUCCUCCAGCUGUGGGCUCGGCUUAGCUGUGCAGCUGGUCACCUGUGUGCAGAUCCGCCAAGGCAAGGAGGUUUUGCAGGAGGAACAUUUGUGCCCCGUGGCAGAGAAGCCCCCCACCAGUGUCCCCUGUGUCAUCAGAACGUGCUCUUACGAGUGGGGCUUCAGCGAGUGGUCAGAGUGCUCAGCCUCCUGUGGGAAUGGCAUUCAGACACGGCGGGAUUUCUGCCUCCACUCGCAGACCCGCAGGCACGUGGACCCCGUUUUCUGCCGCCGCUUCCCCAAGGCCAUCGUGGUGCGUGGCUGCUCCUCGGGGCCCUGUCCUGAGCAGCUGGGGACCAGGUCCCCUGGGGCAGAGCUGCAGCCGGUGACACCAGCCACACACCUGACAGCAGCUGCAGCUGGCAGGGAGGAGAGAUACAAGGGCCUGGACCUGCCUCCGUCUGCUGUGCCUCGGGAGCAGACAAAGACCGGCGGAGGUGUCUGUGGAAACCUGUUUCUCAAUGCCACUGGGAUCAUCAACAUGUUGGGUGUGCAGAGCAGCGACUGCACCGUGGCCAUUGGGCGGCCCCUCGGGGAGGAGAUCACACUCAGGAUCCUGGAGAGCUCCCUCAACUGCAGCGCAGGUGAGGUAGUGCUGUUUUCUGGGCGGAUGAUGUGGCGGACAGGCUGCAGGAAGCUCCCUUUGUCCCUGAUAAAUUCCAGAACGAACACACUGAUUGUGAAACAGCGAGUUGUGCUGCCAGGAAACGGGGUCAUUCUUCAGUACAGCAGCAGAACUGCAACUAAAAAAUAUUACCAAGACUGUGACAAGCAGCUGUUUGGUCCCCAAGGUGAAAUAGUGAAUCCUGUGCAGUUGCCUGACCAAAGGCAAGAAUACGUGUGCCGGACCUUCAUCGACGUGGCUCCCCAGCACCGCAUAGCCAUCCGUGCCCUCUACACUGACCUGGGCACUGGGGGCAACCACACACACUUCAACUACAUCCUGGUCCGUGAUGUGAGCACCAUGAAGACGAUGGUGUUCCAUGGGAAACAGCAAUUCCUCUGGCAGUCAACAGGCAGCCAAGCUGAAAUUGAAUUCCAUGACAAUGUUAAGGAUCACCCAAUCAAUUUCUGGGCUGAAUAUCACGCUAUUGAGCACAAAUAAAAGUGGCCAGGGCCACUGCACUGAGAAAGGCUGUGGAGCAGUUAGUCACUGCUGCCUGUUCAGUGCUCGAGGGCACUCAAGUCAUUUAAUCUUCUUACAACUGCUUCCCCACCUGUUGAGUAAGAACAGUAUCUCCUGACUCCUUUGGGACCUCAGUUAAUAUUGGUAAAGGUUAUGCAAAAGACAUGUAACCACCAAAUAUUUAGCAAAUAUUCCUCAUAUGGAUUUUCUGUCUGUUUUGGUUGGAUUUCAUGCAGGUGGUGCCUUGGACACUGAAGUCUCAGGGUCCUGCUUCUGUAAUAUGCUGUGACCUCUUAGGAGAGUAAUUUAAUUUCUCAGUGUCCCAGUAGAAACCUCUGUACCCCACCAGUAGCUGCAGUUAUGGUUUAGCCAUACAUACACUCUCUUGCAGUGUAAACACCCCUCAAAACAGGGGCCCAGUGAAAUUCUACGAUGUUACAAAGAAGGCAGAGCUGUGUUUGAGGAUGAACUGCCAGCACAAGGAGACGUGUGCAGGGCAGUGCCACACGAGGACAGGUCGCUCAAAGCUUGAAUGUUUUCAGGAGCUGGCUGAACUUGAGGCACUGCUGACCUGGGCAAGCCCUGGUGACACUGGCUUUAUGUGGGAGGACUAAAUGACAUCCUGAGGUCCCUCCCCAGCCACCCAUUCUGUGCUUCAACUAUUAUAACAGUGAUACCACCACUUCUUUUCUGGGAGAAAAAUAAAAGAAUUAAGUCUCUUAAUUCCAGGUUUGAUGCCAAGACUCACUUAUUCAAAUAUGAACAGUAGCUGUGCUUUUAACCUGUAUCUUCAUUUUGCAGGACGGUGGUUGAGACUGCAUGGGCAAGUUGUAGCAGGGAGAGGGAUUUUAGAGCAGUGGCAAAUAUUAGCUCGAAUUUCACUUAAAUGUAUUUUUUAGGUUAUUUUUUUUUUUAAAUAUCUUGAACACUGGACUGUGCUUUGGUCCAAAUCUGUCAUCUUCCAAUCAGAAUAUACUGCUUUAGGGGUGUUUUCUGCACCUGGAGCCUGGCUGAACACAUCUGCACUUGCUCUUAAUGCUGGAUGCAAUAAGUGGUUCUGCCUGGGCAGUUUUAA